AUGAAGAAACGUAUUGUAGUAUGUUGCGAUGGCACUUGGCAGAACUCGGACAAUGGCUACGUUAAACCAACUGCCUCCAACCCCAUCCCAACCCUCCAGAUCCCAUCGAACGUAACACGAAUCUCCAGAGCUUUCAAAAGGAACUGUUCAGAUGAAACUUUUCAAAUUAUAUAUUACCACUCCGGCGUCGGUUCGGGGUCCGACUUUUUCAACAGGAUUAUGGGUGGUGCAUUUGGCAUUGGUAUAGCAGAGAACAUCCGCGAAGCCUAUGCUUACAUCUGCGCGAACUAUGUUGACGGAGACGAAAUCAUUCUCAUCGGCUUCAGUCGCGGGGCUUUCACUGCGCGAUCCAUUGGUGGAAUGAUAUCUGACUUAGGCCUUCUCACUCGCGAAGGCAUGGAGUUUUUCUACCCCGUCUUUAAAGACAUGCAGAAUUGGAUGAAUCAAGAUUACAAGGAUCAGUUCCCUGAGAUACCGUUCCCAGACAAGCCAAAGGGACCGCAUGCUGCUGAAGAAUACCGGAAGAAGCUUGUAGAGAAAGGAUACACCCGUGUACAUCAGGAUAAAGGCCGAGGAGACUUGAUUAAGGUGAAAGCUAUCGGCGUAUGGGAUACUCAUGCAUUCCAUGCUCUAGCGCUUGACGAACACCGGCGCCCAUUUAGUCCGACUCUCUGGGAACGGCAACCGGAGUUUCGUGACACCUCAGAUCUUCGACAAGUCUGGUUUCCCGGUUCCCAUGGAAAUGUGGGAGGUGGCUGGGCAGAUCAAGGUGUUGCUAAUAUCGCCCUUGCCUGGAUGAUGGACCAACUUUCUUCUGUUGGCUGUGAAUUCGUAGACGAUGCCAUCGAAAGACUAUACGAUCGCAACGUCCAAUAUUACCACAGCCUAAAACCCCCACGGACAAAGCGCGAAAAAUGCGCCAAAUGCUGCUGUGGCGCCUGCGCAGCCAUCCGUCGGAAAUUGCCCCAGCCGUGGGCCGCGAUGCCGAUCUUCGACAGCAAUAAGCCCAUUCGUCCGUGGUCGUUACACGGUAUCCAAGCAGUCAAAAGCCCAAUCUACGAUAUCGCUGGAAGCGUCACUCGUUCGCCGGGCAUGUACAAGAAGACCAACCCGGAUACCGGUCGUCCUUUAAAAGCCUUUCUUAAGGAUACGAACGAGCGCAUCCACAGUUCAGUCCGAGUUCGUCUUGCGUGCGAGGGCUUGGGGCUAAAUGACUCGGAUGUCUGGGAAUGUCCCGCUUUAUUAAAGUUGUGGCGUCCUCGUCGUGUAGCACAGAAUUUCGAUGAUCCCGUGCCUAAGCAUGCUAGUUGGGGGCCGCAAGCUGACAGUGAUAGCAGAGGGGAUUUAAGUGAUGCUACUAACAGAUCUACAGCGGAUGCCAACGGUGUAUCGGAUAAAAUUAUCUACAGCGCGGCACAGAAUGGAAAUGGUCAGCUGGACAACCCAUUCGAAGACCGCUGGGUCUGGGAGUAUAUAGGGUCUGAUGUUGGCGCCCCCUUUGUUCGGACAUUAGUGGAGGAGAACCUUGGUCCUUGGGAGAGACAUCUGCUGGCUUUAUCGGCGGGUAAAGUGCAAGUGUAUGAAUUUGCAGACGCUCGAGAUGCUAGCUCGUUUAAAGCUAUCCAAAAGAGGGCUCAAAGGAAAAAGGCGAAAAAGUUGAAUAAGUCGAGUCCAUGA